GGCGGAGCUGCCCGUGUGGCUCCCCGAGAGAAAUCAGCCGAGUGCAGCCUCGGGUGAACGGGUGCCCCCGGGCUUCGUCCGGGGCCAGGGGCUCAGAAGGAUCGUGGCUGGCGGGGGACGGACGGCGAUCGAGCCCUGUGCAAGAGGCCUGACCAUGCCGCGCCGCGGAGGGUCUCCUGGCCAGCGCCACCGCGGGUCCGACCGGGAGCAGGAACCGGAUAGGUCCUCGGAGGCUGCCCGGCUGAGACGUCUUUGGAUGGCCUUGGGCCUGGCGCUGGCGCUGACCCUGCCCGACUCCCUGGUUCUCUGGGUCCCGGUCGGGGCCCACCCUCUGCCUACCCAAGGCCAUCCGGCCAGGCUCAGUCGCUUAGCGCCCCAGCUCCAGCACACUUUUAGCUGGUGGAACCUCACUUGCCCUGUUUGCAAAAGCCUGUUCACCGUCAUCGACAUCGGCCUAAAGCAGGAGCCCAAUGUGGCCCGGGUGGGCUCCAUGGUCAUCAAGUUGUGCAAUCUGCUGAAAAUAGCACCGCCUGCUGUGUGCCAGUCAGCUGUCCAGCUCUUUCAGGGUGACAUGGUGGAGGUGUGGACACGCUCAGUGCUGAGCCCAUCUGAAGCCUGUGGCCUGCUCCUGGGCUCCAACUGUGGACACUGGGAUGUCUUCUCGUCUUGGAAUAUCUCUUUGCCAGCUGUGCCCAAGCCACCUCCCCACCCUCCCCGCCCCCCAGCCCCAGGCGCCCCUGUCAGCCGUGUCCUCUUCCUCACUGACCUGCACUGGGAUCACGGCUAUCUGGAGGGUGCAGACCCUGACUGUGUGGACCCACUGUGCUGCCGCCAGGGCUCGGGCUUGCCGCCUGCCUCCCGGCCAGGUGCUGGACACUGGGGCGAGUACAGCAAGUGUGACCUGCCCCUGUGGACCCUGGAGAGCCUGCUGAGCGAGCUGGGUCCAGCUGGCCCUUUUGACAUGGUCUACUGGACAGGGGACAUCCCCGCCCAUGACAUCUGGCAACAGUCUCGAAAGGACCAGCUUCGGGCCCUGACCACCAUCACAGCCCUUGUGAAGAAGUUCUUGGGUCCAGUGCCUGUGUACCCUGCUGUGGGCAACCAUGAGAGCACACCGGUCAAUGGCUUCCCUCCACCCUUCAUCCAGGGCAACCAUUCCUCCCGCUGGCUCUACGAGGCCAUGGCCAAGGAGUGGGAGUCCUGGCUGCCUGCAGAAGCCCUUCACACGCUCAGAAUCGGGGGGUUCUAUGCCCUGUCCCCAUACCCGGGCCUCCGCCUCAUCUCUCUCAAUAUGAAUUUUUGUUCCCGGGAGAACUUCUGGCUCUUGAUCAACUCCACAGAUCCCGCUGGACAGCUCGAGUGGCUGGUGGGGGAGCUCCAGGCUGCUGAGGACCGAGGAGACAAAGUGCAUAUAAUUGGCCACAUCCCCCCGGGACAUUGCCUGAAGAGCUGGAGCUGGAAUUAUUACCGAAUUGUAGCCAGGUAUGAGAACACCCUGGCCGGUCAGUUCUUUGGCCACACCCAUGUGGAUGAAUUUGAGGUCUUCUAUGACGAAGAGACCCUGAGCCGGCCACUGGCUGUGGCCUUCCUGGCGCCCAGUGCCACUACCUACAUUGGCCUUAAUCCUGGUUAUCGCGUCUACCAAAUAGACGGCAAUUACCCUGGGAGCUCUCACGUCGUCCUGGACCACGAGACUUUCAUCCUGAACCUGACGCAGGCGAACGCGCCUGGGGCCACACCGCAAUGGCAGCGCCUCUACCGGGCCCUAGAAACCUACGGGCUGCCCAACGCGCUGCCGGCCGCCUGGCACGACCUAGUAUACCGCAUGCGGGGCGACACGCGCCUAUUCCAGACCUUCUGGUUCCUCUACCAUAAGGGCCACCCGCCCUCGGAUCCCUGCGGCCCGCCCUGCCGCCUCGCUACUCUGUGCGCCCAGCUGUCCGCCCGCGCCGACAGUCCUGCUCUCUGCCGCCACCUGGUGCCGGAGGACAGCCUCCAGGACGUCCACAGCCUGUGGCCACGGCCGCUGUUCUGCUAAGCGCUCCGCAAGCCCGGCCGCUGAUCACGUCUGUGUCUUGGGGAGGGCGCACCAUGGCCGGGAUCCUGAGGACUGCUGCGGGACAACUUGGCCAGAACCGCUGGGAGCCCCGGGCACACCAGGGGACAGGAGACGGGCCCUGCCUUCCUGGAGCUGCUCUCCCAGUGCCAGCCCCCAGGCUGCCAGGGAUGCUGUCCUUUGGUGGCUCUGAGCUGACAGGGGGCCUGGUGCUGUCCAGGCAGAAAAAAGCCUAUGCUGCUGCGGUUGCCUGUUUCAAUAAAGGUGUGAGACUA